AUGAGGUGCAAAAGCGGAGGUGGCCGAUCGGAUGUUGCCGUUUACGUGGUUCGCGAAGCCUUUACCCGACGAGAAGAACAAUUGAAUGAGUGCAGGCAAGAAGAUGGGUGGUGCGAGUGGAAGCAGUUUCCUCGGAACUUACUUCAUCCCGAGGAAUGGCCUUGCCGUCGGAAUUGGCCGCGUGGCUGUUAGUUGGACUCUCCAGGUUCGGUUUGGAGCGACUCUAUCUGGCUUACUCUCGAAAGAAGAAGAAACUUUUUCCCUCAGGCAGAGUAAGAAUAAAAAAAAAGUCCUUGAGAUUGAGGGGAUCACCAUUUGGUUUUUUUGCUGUUAAGUACCCGAAAUUGGAUCAAGCUCAACAAAAGCUUGCGGUCAAGUUCUGA